AUUUUAUUCGUAUUCAGUCAAUGAACGUGUAAAAAUAAUGAAUAAUGCUUCACUCUCAUUAAUCUCUCUCCCUCCUCUUAUCUUUGCCUAGACCAUCAAUACUGGUUAUAUUUGUGAAUACAUCAGAAUAUACAGAAAUGGCUCUCUCUUACGAAAAUUUGUCAUGUCUACUCACAAACCCAGAUCUUCUUUCCCAUCUGCAAAACUUAAAGCUUGAUGGAAGAGAACAAAUUGUUAGCUUUCAAUGGCACGGGCCACAUUUUUUAGCCUUUCUCCGCUAUGCAACAAAGUUGUGCUUGUCCUCCAACUACAAGAAUGAGAGAUUCAAUUUUCUCCAUUAUGCCAUGAAAUUUUGUUUGUGCUUCAACAAGAAGCACGGCAGAUUCAAUGAUCUGUUGAAGCAUCUUGAUGAUUCAGCCUCCGAUUGCAUCCGAUAUGGAGAGACUGAACAUUACAAAAUAUUUUUAGAAAAUCUUCUCUCUUUCUUGCCAGCGAUUAGGGAGUUCUUCACAGUUCAAAAGCUGCUGCAGUUGUCUGAUGCAACUCCCAACACAAAUGAACUUUUGGCAAGCUUUAUUGGCUUUCUCGUUGAAGCUAUUGGAGAAUUACUGAAUUGUGGGCCAGAUUCGAAUUUUCUGGGGAGUCAUCAAGUCGAAUUUCUUUUGAAGGAGCUGGAAUCUCUGCUCAGUUUUCUUGGGGAUUCUGAGCCAGAAAAGAAAGACAAUAUAUUGACAGAAAUCGAAGGUAUAGCCAACGAAGCUGGAUUUUUCUUGCAUUCGUUCUUUUUCACCGCCGACCUCGUUACAGCGACCAAAAUGGAUCUGGCACUUACUGCUCUGGUAGAAAGGAUUGAGAUUCUGCAAGUGAGAAUCAAAGAUCACUGCAUUGCAUUCUCAGAGGAGGUGAACUGCGGAAGUGGAAGCUUACAAGUUGCAGAAAAUCCAAGGGACGUAUCAUCAGAAAGCGGACAAGAUGCAGAAAGCCUACAAAGCAUUUCCAAGAUAAAUGAGAUUACUGUGGGCAACGAGGACAGUACAACAAAAAUUCUACAAAAGCUUCUUCGAGGAACAAAAAACCGCCAGCUUAUUUCCAUAGUUGGGAUGCCUGGACUAGGUAAGACAACAUUAGCAAAGAAGAUAUACAAUCAUUCCAAUGUUAAGGACCAUUUUGAUAAGCUUUCUUGGUGUGUUGUUUCUCAAACUUAUAGAAAGAGAAAGCUGUUGAUUGACAUUUUGAGCUCCAUAAGUAAUCUUAACAGAGACAUAAUUUUGAAAAUGGAAGAUGGAGACAUGGCCUUACAUCUUCAUCAAAGUUUAAGUGGUAGAAGAUACCUCAUUGUUAUGGAUGAUAUAUGGGAUAUAGGUCCAUGGAAUGAGUUGGAAACGUAUUUUCCAAAUAACGAAAGCGGAAGCAGAAUAUUGUUCACCAGUCGGCAGAAAGAUGUGGCAAAAGAAAUUUCUGAUGAUAUCGAUAUCGUUGAACCUCCUCCUCUGUCAAAAAAUGAAAGUUGGAAAUUAUUAGAGCAGAAUGUGUUCGAGAACGAUCGUUGCCCUCAAGAGCUGCGAGAUAUAGGAAACCAAAUUGCAGAAAAUUGUAAGGGACUACCACUUCUAUUAGUGGUGAUAGCUUCAGUUCUUUCAAACAUGGAGAAGACAAUAAGCUCAUGGCAACAAGUUGCAACAAGCAUGAGUUCUUACAUUUCCAAAAAGGCUGAUGAUUUUCUUUCCAUAUUGAAACUUAGUUACAACCAUUUACCAAUUCAUUUGAAGCCAUGUUUCCUCUACUUAACUGCAUUCGAGGAAGAUGCGGAAAUUCCAGUGCGGAAGCUGUUAUUACUAUGGAUAGCAGAAGGGUUUAUAAAGAAAGAGGGGCAGAAGAACUUUGAAGACGUAGCAGAGGAGUAUCUAACAGAUCUAAUUAAUAGGAGCUUGCUGCAAAUUGCUAGAAAAAGAUCUGACAAUGGAGUAAAAUCAUGUACCAUUCACGAUCUACUACUUGAAAUGUGCUGGAAAGUAGCUGAAGAAGAAAAUUUUCUGUUCCAACAUCAAUUCUUGGUGUCUAAGAAUCUCUCUCGCUUGAAGGAGUCUCAUUCUCUCGAGAACUCAUCCAUUCUUCACAACUCAGACAGCAUUAGGAUCUUGGAGUCGGCGAAUGAUCUAAGUAGUACAGAAACUAUGACUGAGUUGAGGUACUUAGAAUUGUCUUCAAAAUUAACAUCAUCAAUAGGCAGACUCCAAAACCUAGAAUUUCUUCUUGUGGAAAGGAAAACUAAUAUACUCCCAAGAUACCUUCUCAAUUUGCCAAAGUUGAGACAUCUACGUGUUGGAGGCCCGGCAAGAUUCAGUAAGAAUUGUGACAGCUCCCAAAUAAAUAACCUUCAAACCCUUUCUUUUGUUUGUAUUUUUGAUUCGAAAGAUGAAGAAAUCUUGAAAUGUUCACCAAAUCUUCGUAGCCUGAAUUGCGCAAUUUUACCUGAUCAGUGUCCUGAUCUCAGCUCGCUUUCUCAGCUCGAAUCACUCAAAAUAGUAUUUUACGGUAGCUUCAAUGAUAAUCACACCACAUUUAACUUCCCCAGGAAUAUUAAAAAGCUCACUCUUUCUAAAAUGGGUUUGCCUUGGGAAGAGAUAUCAUUAAUCGGGAAAUUGACCAAACUUGAGAUUCUGAAAUUGGAAGAUGAAGCCUUUGAAGGAGAAAUUUGGAACACAGAGGAUGAUGAGUUUCAAGAACUCAAAUUCCUAAAAUUAGAUGACCUAGAUCUUGUACAGUGGAAUUCCUCAAAAGAUCACUUCCCCAAGCUUGAACAGUUGGUGUUGCGAUAUUGCCAUAACUUGGAGAUGAUUCCUUUUGAAUUUAGUGGAAUUUCAACACUAGAGAAGAUUGAGGUACAUGCUUGUGGCAUAAAGGUUGACAAUUCAGCUACGGAAAUACUUGAAGAACAAGUGGAUUUAGGUUAUGAACAGUUUGAGGUGAUCAUCUCUAAGGCAAUUGUGGAGUAAAGAGAGCUUAUGCUUCUACUGGUUCAACACAAGAGAUUCUUUGACAUCCCAUAUGGGCGAAGAUAAAUAAUUUUUUUCAACUUCGUCGCUUGUUCUUCUCUAAUCAAUUAUUUUAUUUGUAGUGAGCAUGAAGUUGGGCGUUUUUUUCUUUCCUUUCUUUUUCUUGUCAUGAGAGAAAUUAAAUAAUGAACUCGACAAGUUGUUGGAUCUGGAUCUCAAGUUAGAAUCUUUUGCCUUGUAAUUUUCUUAUAUUUAUAUAUUUAUUUUCAAGUAUUUUUCAAA